CCAGAGCACCCCUGUAGACCCGCUUUAAAACCCAGAGCACCCCUGUAGACCCGCGGACGGCAGCGGGCUCAUCAACCUCGGCUUCUUCUUGUCGAAAUCUCUCCACACUAACACUGUUCAUAAGCACCGAAAACUCGAAAUGGAUACCGAAGCAGUGAUCGGAUUCCUCAGCCAUGUUCCAUUACUUCAGAGAUUACCGACUUCAUCCCUCAAGAAGAUUGCCGAGGUCGUCAAAUUCAAACUUUACGAGUGUGGUGAGUAUGUUGUUCGGGAGGGAGAUACUGGAGAUGGAAUCUAUUUUAUUUGGGAAGGAGAGGCUGAAGUUCAUGCAUCUGUCAGUGAUGAGGAAGAAAAUCGUCCGGAGUUUCAAUUGAAGAAAUAUGAUUAUUUUGGUCAUAGUGCUGUGUGUGUUUCUCAUUCAUCUGACAUUAUUGCUUUGUCCAAGCUGACAUGCUUAGUGCUGCACCAUGAACACAGUGCGUUGCUGCAGCCCAAAUCAAUUUGGAAUGCAGAUGCAGAUGAAAAGCAUGGGACCCGCUCGUUGGUGGAGCAUGUACUGCACUUGGAACCAAUAGAUGUCGACAUCUUUCGUGGAGUUACUUUGCCAGAUGCUCCAAGAUUUGCGCAGGUUUUCGGGGGACAGUUGAUUGGACAGGCACUGGCUGCAGCAUCGAAAACUGUUGAUUGUUUUAAACUCAUCCAUAGCUUGCAUUGUUAUUUCCUUCUUGUUGGGGAUUUAGGGAUGCCAAUCAUAUAUCAAGUUCAUCGUCUACGUGAUGGGCAUAGCUUUGCUACCCGGCGAGUGGAUGCAUUGCAACGAGGAAAUAUCAUUUUCACGAUACUUGCCUCAUUUCAAAAGGAAGAACUGGGAUUUGAACAUCAGGAAGUUGUGAUGCCAUCAGUACCAGCUCCUGAAAUGCUACUAUCAUUGGAAGAGCUGCGGGAACAUCGUCUUACUGAUCCUCGUCUUCCCAGGAGUUAUCGCAACAAAGUGGCGACAAAAACUUUUGUCUCUUGGCCUGUAGAGAUCAGGUUUUGUGAGCCAGGAAAUUACUACACCAACCAGACUAAAUCUCCACCGAGCACAAAAUUCUGGUUUAAAGUAAGAGGAGAACUUUCAGAUGAUCCAGCUUUGCAUAGAUGCGCAGUGGCAUAUGCUUCAGAUCUUAUACUUCUUAGCACAACCCUCAAUCCUCACCGUAAAAGAGGUUUGAAGUUGUCUUCUCUUAGCUUGGAUCAUUCAAUGUGGUUUCACAGGCCCAUUAAAGCCGAUGAAUGGCUAUUAUAUGUGAUUGAUAGCCCUACCACAGGUAAUGCCCGUGGUUUCUGUUUAGGCCGCAUGUUCAACCGGAAGGGAGAGCUUGUUGUUUCGCUCAGUCAAGAGGGUCUAAUUAGGAAGGCCAAACCAGCAAAUUCAGUACCUAAAGCAAAGCUAUAAGAUCUGUAUAUGGGUGAGGAUUGAAUCUCCCAGAAAAGUGCCAGCAUGGGCUUGCUCUUUGGCAUUUCAGUCUCAUAAUUUUUCCUUCAGAUUUUAUUCCAAAUAUAUAUAUUUUUUUAUAGCAGAUUAUACUAUUUAUUCCUGAAAACUGUGAUCUCACUUCAUCUUGAUUUUGUCCGUCUGUAAACAGCUUUUAUUUUUUUUUUUGGGGGGGGGGGGUGGUAUUGUCCAUGCAUGGGUCCCUGUUACUGACCCGACUGUGCCUUAAUAAGUCCAGUUUUGGAUGCCCAUCUAAUAAUUGAACCAGUUCUGGGCUGUGUCCAUUCAGGUCCAAUUUAUCUAACCUGGUAGUCUCCAAAUAAAUAGUUAAUGAAUUUUGGUGCGCGCAGCCUGGAUGCGCUGUGUGUUAA